CCCGUCGCCCUCAGAGCCUCACCUCACCACCGUCUUUCUCCCACCCCGCUCGCUCAGACUGCGCGUCUCCAUCGCUGCUGUCGACCGCAACCGCUCGCACCCGUGUUGGCCGCCAGGCCCGCUCCACCGCUGGGACUGCCCGAGCCCCGCACCCACAUUCAUCACCCGUGGUUUCACCUGGGUCCUCGCCAGCCGCGCCACGCCUCUCUCCCAAUCACUCUCCCACCACCUUGCGCUGCAGCUGCUUCUCGCUCCUCUUCUUCUCCGCCAUGGCCUCUCCCUCCGACCUUCAUCCCACCCCUGCCGCCGUCGAAGUCACCCUACGCUCGCUCAACCCCGACGUCGAGCAUAAAGAACGCAUCCUCAUCAUGGAGCCUUCGACUACGGUGUCUGUGGGCCGAGCCUCGAAGAGCGCCCACAAGAACCUCCGCUCCUCUGUGAGUAAUGCAUACAUCGACUCGCCCGUCGUCUCCCGUGACCACGCCCUCCUAACAGCCGCGCCAACCACCGGAAUUCCAGCCGUAUACAUCCGAGACGUUGGAUCCAUGCACGGCACCGCCGUCAACGAGCACACUCUCCACAAGGACGAAGACAUGAAGCUGAAGAACGGAGACGUCGUCCAGUUCGGUGCUGACGUGGUUCGGGACUCUCACACGUAUACUGCCACCAAGUUCCGCUUUGACGCCAAGCCAUACACCUCCUCCGGCACCUUUGGCCUCCCAGACUCUGAUUAUGCUUGGGCAUCUGACGACGAGGAUGCUAAUAGCGACGUUUCGGACUAUGGUGGCCCUUCAUCGGCCGUGGAUGCCUAUCCCCAGAGCGAGCUUGCGGACGACCUUCAUCCCACCAUCACCCUAUCGUCUACUCCCAAAUCCGAGCGUCUUGGCACCCAAUCCAAUCCUUAUAACCUCGCCGAUGAUGAGCAGGAAAAGCCUCACAAGCCCGUCGUCAUUGACCUGGACCCACUCGAAGAGGAUGAUCGUCUAGCAAAGGAGGCGGCCUUCAAUUAUGAAGAUGCUAGCGCCAGCUUCGAGACAGCAAAGAUACCAUUGCAAAGCACGCCUGACAGCUCCGAUCAACCGAAUCUGAAUACCGACCGACCUUCAUCUAUCGUCCUAGAUACACAGAGGGGAUACGGCUAUGUGGUCAACAGUCCAAGCCCAUCACGCAAUGACUAUGCAGAGUCUGAUUGCGCCGGUAGCUCAGCUCCAGCAUCACCCAGCGAGGCUUCCUCUGGCCACUACUCCCCUCGUGAAGAUAACGAGUACGAAUCUGGAUAUUCCGAUUCUGACGCCUCUGUGAAUGAUUACGUACCUCAGGAGGCCGCUACGGAGUUCGAUGGUUACUCGGACAAUGCCAGCGAGACCUCUGAGAUUGAGUCCCAGGUCGACCUUGCUGAGGGCGACAUUGUCAGUGAUGUUGAUGAGGCUGAUCUUGCCAGCGAAGUUGAUGAGUCCGAUAUAGCGCGUGUCAAGAUGCUCGAGAUGUUAGAUCAUGCAAAGCGUCCACAAGAAGAGCGAACAUGUGGCCAAUCUGACCCGAAUGCCGCUGACCCGGAAACACCAUCCGGCGCCCAAGCUAAGGACAUAUCCAAGGGGCAACUUUCAACGCUACCGACCCCUCCCCAAACUCUCACUCGGCCCCUUGAGUCUCUCCCUUCAUUGCGAAAGUCUCCCGUGCAUGAACAGCGAGGGCAAGCCUCUGUCUCAAUGGCUCUGAAGAACUUCAUUCAUCAAGACAAAGACGCAAAACCGACAAUCUCAUCUAUGCUGGGAAAAGCAGCUGCUUCAACGCCGAUCAGUCGUCACCCGUGGGACUGGUCCCAUGCAUACGAAGACCCGUGGGACUCGACAGGUGCUGUACCUCACAUAUUUGGGCAUAGGGACGAAGAUAUGGAAAACUUUGCCACAACAAGCUCUCGGUUCGAUAAUCCGUAUGUUAGCCCACCGAGCCCCUAUCUAGGCCUAUCUGGCGGUCCGUAUACUCGUCUAGCAUGUUCACCCCAAUUCGAACAGUCGUCAAACUCCCCUUUCACAUUUGCCCCCACGCCUACAGCGAAUACGCAAUCGAUGCCGCCCAAGCUAAGCCAAGGACAAGUCGGCCAUUUGAACGGGCUCGACACUCACCAAAAGUCAACUUAUCCUGUCCCAACAUCGGGCCAGCCUACUACAAUCGCGCUACCGGUGGACGAAAAGCAAAAGGAGCGGACCGGAAUGUCAAUAUCCGAGAUUGUGGAAGCUGCCGUCUCCAAAGAGGACGAGCCAGUCAAGUCGAAAAAGCGGAAAUUAUCCACAGUCGAAGCCGAAGACGCUGACUCAGCGGAUGUGCAGUCUACCAUGGUUGCCCAAAACGAACCGCCUUCUCACAUUGCGCCGGUCGUUGAAGUAACUCAAUCACCGCGUCCAAUCAAGAGGACGAAAGUCCGCAAAACUGCCACCACUAUGGCUGGCAUCUUGAUUGGUACUGUCAGUGCUGUUGGGGCUUUGGCCUUCCUUCCAGAUGUGUUCUUCCAGUAGUUGGUAAUUCUGGAGUGAAACUCAAUUACACAGCAUAUCGAUUGAACAGAGGCUUUGGACCAAGACCACAUUUUUUUUCAUUGCGGCUUUAUGGAAGGCUUCUUCUUCUCCAUCUUCCAAGGUAAUACGGUAUGCAUCACGGCGGACACAGGAGUAUCAUUUUGCAAACUCUAACGACAGCCCUUUCUACGUGGCGGCGUCCUACUCACC